AGAACCGAGCUCGUCGUUUCCGUAUGAUCAAGAAUCUCGAAACGGACGCUGAGAACGAUAAGAAGAGAUGCCAGAUCCAGGAAAAGAUACGGGUUGCCUUCUAUGUUCAAAAGGCAGCUCUUCAGUUCAUUGAUGCUGGUGCACGGACAGAAUAUAAACUCACUGAUGAGGUCAAACAAGCGGGAUUCUAUGUUGAAGCAGAUGAACUUGCUUCUAUGGUCCGCAACCAUGACACAAAGAGUCUGAAGCACAGUGGAGGAGCUGAGGGAAUUGCUCAGAAAGUGUCUGUUUCUGUCACUGAAGGUGUCCGUUCUAGUGAACUACACAUCAGAGAAAAAAUUUACGGAGCAAAUCGAUAUGCUGAGAAACCAGCCAGAUCAUUUCUUACGUUUGUCUGGGAAGCGCUUCAAGAUGUUACUCUUAUCAUCCUUAUGGUCUGCGCUGUUGUGUCGAUAGGAGUGGGAGUUGCCACGGAAGGAUUUCCAAAGGGAAUGUAUGAUGGGACAGGGAUCUUGCUAAGUAUAAUCUUGGUGGUCAUGGUUACUGCUAUCAGUGACUACAGGCAAUCUCUGCAGUUCAGAGAUUUGGAUAGAGAGAAGAAGAAGAUUAAUAUCCAAGUUACUAGAGAUGGGAACAGACAAGAGGUCUCCAUUGAUGACUUGGUUGUUGGAGAUGUGGUUCAUCUAUCUAUUGGGGAUCGAGUUCCAGCUGAUGGGAUUUUUAUAUCCGGAUACAAUCUUGAGAUAGACGAGUCAAGCUUAUCGGGAGAGAGUGAACCAUCACACGUGAAUAAAGAGAAGCCAUUUCUGCUCUCUGGAACCAAAGUCCAAAACGGCUCUGCAAAGAUGCUGGUGACCACCGUUGGUAUGAGGACUGAGUGGGGAAAGUUGAUGGAGACUCUAAGUGAAGGUGGGGAGGAUGAGACCCCUCUGCAGGUGAAGCUAAAUGGAGUUGCUACAAUCAUAGGUAAAAUUGGUUUAGGAUUUGCAGUGCUGACGUUUGUGGUGUUGUGCAUAAGGUUCGUUAUAGACAAAGCCACUUCUGGCAGUAUCACUGAGUGGUCUUCUGAAGAUGCACUUGCACUGCUUGACUACUUUGCCAUUGCUGUAACCAUCAUAGUCGUUGCUGUACCUGAAGGCUUACCUUUGGCUGUGACCUUAAGUCUUGCAUUUGCUAUGAAGCAGUUGAUGAGAGACAGGGCCCUUGUGAGGCAUCUGUCUGCUUGUGAGACAAUGGGUUCUUCUACCUGCAUUUGCACGGAUAAGACAGGGACCUUGACCACUAACCACAUGGUAGUCAACAAAGUUUGGAUAUGUGAAAAUGUCAAGGAGAGACAGGAUGAAAACUUCCAGCUGAACCUAUCUGAAAAAGUUCAGAAUAUCCUUGUACAGUCCAUAUUUCAGAACACAGGUUCUGAAGUCGUGAAAGAUAAGGAAGGAAAAACUCAGAUCCUGGGAUCACCAACUGAAAGGGCUAUACUGGAAUUUGGUUUGCUUUUGGGUGGUGACGUUGAGACGCAACGCCGAGAACAUAAGAUACUCAAGAUCGAGCCUUUCAACUCAGACAAGAAGAAAAUGUCAGUUCUUACAUCUCAUUCUGGCGGCAGUGUACGCGCUUUCUGCAAAGGUGCAUCUGAAAUUGUCUUAAAGAUGUGCGAGAAGGUUGUGGAUUCAAACGGAGAGUCUGUUCCGUUAUCUGAAGAGAAGAUUGCGAAAAUCUCUGAAGUCAUAGAGGAAUUUGCUUCAGCGGCUCUGAGGACUCUCUGCUUGGUUUACACAGAUCUUGAUCAAGCUCCAAGUGGGGAUCUUCCUGAUGGUGGCUAUACAUUGGUUGCGGUUGUUGGAAUCAAGGAUCCAGUUCGUCCAGGUGUCAGAGAAGCCGUUCAAACUUGUCAAAACGCUGGAAUCACUGUUCGUAUGGUCACUGGUGACAACUUAAGCACGGCCAAAGCUAUUGCAAAGGAAUGUGGAAUUCUUACAGCAGGAGGUGUAGCUAUCGAAGGUUCAACAUUCCGUAAUAUGCCUCCACAUGAAAUGAGAGCCAUUUUACCCAAAAUCCAGGUGAUGGCUCGGUCUUUGCCAUUGGACAAACACACACUCGUCAACAAUUUGAGGAAAAUUGGAGAGGUAGUUGCAGUGACUGGAGAUGGAACAAAUGAUGCUCCUGCAUUGCAUGAGUCUGACAUUGGACUUGCCAUGGGAAUAGCUGGUACAGAGGUUGCGAAAGAGAAUGCUGAUGUAAUCAUAAUGGACGACAACUUUGCAACGAUAGUGAAUGUGGCGAGAUGGGGACGUGCUGUCUACAUCAACAUCCAGAAAUUCGUUCAGUUCCAGCUAACUGUUAAUGUUGUUGCUCUGAUCAUCAACUUUGUAUCUGCUUGCAUCACAGGAUCUGCACCACUCACCGCGGUGCAGUUGCUUUGGGUCAACAUGAUCAUGGACACACUCGGUGCAUUAGCUCUAGCAACCGAACCUCCCAACGAAGGUUUAAUGAAACGUCAACCAAUCGGUAGAACCGCAAGCUUCAUCACCAGAGCCAUGUGGAGAAACAUCAUUGGUCAAAGCAUCUAUCAACUAAUCGUCCUCGGCAUUCUCAACUUUUCUGGCAAACAAAUACUCAACCUCGAAGGCCCAGAUUCAACAGCCGUUCUCAACACCAUCAUCUUCAACUCCUUCGUCUUUUGCCAGGUGUUUAACGAGGUAAACAGCCGAGAGAUAGAGAAGAUAAACGUGUUUAAAGGAAUGUUCAACAGCUGGGUGUUUGUUGCUGUGAUGACUGCAACAGUUGGAUUCCAAGUGAUCAUUGUUGAGUUCCUUGGUGCAUUUGCAAGCACUGUUCCUUUGAGCUGGCAACAUUGGCUUCUCUGCAUUGUGAUUGGAGCCAUAAGCAUGAUUCUAGCCGUUGGUCUUAAAUGCAUACCGGUUGAGUCCAACAGCCAUCACGAUGGCUAUGAGCUGCUUCCUUCUGGUCCAUCUGACUCUGCUUGACCCACUUCCUUGGUACGAUUGCUACGUCAUCUUUCUAUAUUUGAUUUUCUUCUUCUUUAUUCCAUGAUAGUGAUAUGAUUUCAAUAUGUAUAAAAUCUAACACGUCAUGCGUUACCGGGGGUUUUUGUUCUGGUUUUGAGUUUCUUUUCUUGUCUUUGUGUGUCAAUAAAUGUAUCUUCUGCCUCGUUGUCUUGUUAUCUGGAUCGUUGAUCAUUGUCUCUUUUGGAAAUCAAGAUAAGAGGAAAGUGAAAAAAACAUUUUUGUUAA